AUGUUCUUAAAAGCAAUUUUCGCGAUCUUUCUUGCUGUCGGCAUCGGUCAAUGCCAGACACCCCCAGGUUUUCAGCCUUCUACAUCUCACAAAUUGGGAGUCAAAUUCAGUAAGAAGAUUGCUGCGCACCAAGGCAAUAAACUUGACAAAGCCGAUACUCGAACUACACCACUCUUAAUGGUUAAAUCGCUGAAUCAUGACGCCAAAAGUGCCUAUCUGUUCCAAACUUCCACUUUCACCUCUCACUAUAUCAUCUUCAUGAUUGAUCUCGACGUCCCUCAAAACGACACCAUCGUCCCAUUCCUACACUGGUAUCAACCCGAUCUCAGCCUAGACCAUAAAACAGGCAAAUUAUCCAUUCCAAAAUCUAGUCAUCUCGCCAAAGCAGAGUACUAUCCGCCUUCACCGCCCCCGGGACCCGAGCAUCGUUAUGUCGAAGUGCUUUUUGGUCAACCGUCACAUUAUGAGUUGCCGUCUGAGUUUGAGAAGUAUUUGGAUAAAGUGUCAUCAGCACGAGUGGGAUUUGAUAUACAGGAGUUCGUAAAAGCGGCUCAGUUGAAAGAGCCGGUUGCUGGAAAUUGGUUUGUGGUUCAGGAGGUGGAUGAUGAGAAUGAGGAGUUGUGA